GUGAUUUGAUCGAGGUAUCGAUAGAGAAAAAUUAAAAUUACACUCACAUCAGUCCGAAAGGAGUGUAGAUUUGGGAAGAAGGGGGAGACGUUAAGAGGACAGGAGGAUACGAAUUUAGCGAAAAUGCUCGGAAUAUUAGCUCGGAGAGCAUCGCCGUCAGCUUCACGAUACUGGUUUCCAUGGCGGGAAUCCCUUCCGAUCACCAUUCCCACCGCCCGAACUUUCUCCGUAGGAGUACUCCCCGACACGCUGGACCGGAGCUCCGAUGUAUUUACCAGCAAUUCCAAGGCCAUGGACGAUCUCGUCUCCCAGCUUCACUCUCAUAUCCGGAAGGUGACCGAAGGAGGAGGACCGGCGGCCGUUGAGAGAAACAGAAGCAGGAAUAAGCUUCUUCCGAGAGAGAGAAUCGAUCGUCUGCUCGACCCUGGUUCUUCGUUCCUAGAGCUUUCUCCACUUGCAGGCCAUGAAUUAUAUGAGGAUCCAUUACCUUCUGGUGGAAUAAUUACUGGAAUAGGACCAGUGCAUGGAAGACUUUGCAUGUUCGUGGCAAAUGACCCUACUGUCAAAGGUGGAACUUAUUUCCCCAUCACAGUCAAGAAACAUCUGAGAGCUCAAGAAAUUGCUGCACAAUGCAAACUACCCUGUCUAUAUCUUGUUGACAGUGGAGGUGCUUUCCUUCCUAAACAAGCUGAGGUUUUUCCUGAUAAGGAGAAUUUUGGCAGAAUAUUCUACAAUCAGGCCGUGAUGUCUUCUGAAGGUAUUCCUCAGAUUGCACUGGUGUUAGGCUCUUGUACUGCUGGUGGGGCUUAUAUACCUGCAAUGGCUGAUGAAAGUGUGAUGGUCAAAGGAAAUGGCACCAUAUUUCUUGCUGGACCUCCACUUGUAAAGGCUGCCACUGGAGAGGUAAUUUCAGCUGAAGAUCUUGGUGGUGCAAAUGUACAUUGCAGAACAUCGGGUGUUUCUGACUACUUUGCCCAAGAUGAACUCCAAGCACUUGCUAUCGGAAGGAACAUUGUUAAGAAUUUUCACCUGGCUGGAAGCCAACAAGGGUCAAUUUAUUCCCCAACUGAUUUCAAAGAGCCAUUGUAUGAUGUGCAAGAACUUCGUUCCAUCGCACCAACGAACCUCAAGCAGUCUUUUGACACAAGAGCAGCAAUUGCUCGCAUUGUUGAUGGAAGUGAAUUUGAUGAAUUCAAGAAACUAUAUGGCACUACACUUGUAACAGGUUUUGGGCGAAUCUAUGGGAAUCCCGUGGGAAUCAUUGCAAACAAUGGGAUAUUGUUUAAUGAAUCUGCUUUAAAAGGAGCUCACUUCAUUGAACUAUGCAGUCAGCGUAACAUUCCUUUGAUCUUUCUUCAAAAUAUCACAGGAUUUAUGGUUGGCUCUAAAUCAGAGGCAAAUGGAAUAGCAAAAGCUGGAGCUAAAUUGGUGAUGGCAGUAGCUUGUGCAAAGGUCCCUAAAGUUACAGUGGUUGUUGGCGGAAGCUUUGGUGCUGGCAACUAUGCAAUGUGUGGACGUGCUUAUAGUCCAGAUUUCAUGUUCACCUGGCCAAAUUCUAGAAUAUCAGUAAUGGGAGGUGCUCAGGCUGCCGGUGUACUCUCUCAGAUAGAAAAGGCCAACAAGAAAAGGCAGGGAAUUGAGUGGGGAAAGGAAGAAGAGGAAAGUUUCAAGGCAAAAAUUGAAGAGAAAUAUGACAGAGAGGGUGAUCCGUAUUACUCUACAGCAAGACUUUGGGAUGACGGUGUAAUUGAUCCAGCAGACACGAGGAAAAUCUUAGGCCUCUCCCUCUCUGCAUCUAUGAACCGGGGUCCACAGAGUACCAAAUAUGGUGUGUUUAGAAUGUGAUCCCCGCACUCCAUGCCGAAGCCAGAGAGUGGCUGCUUAGACUUCUAACUCAAUACAAAUGAGCAACUGCACUGCAUUGCUGGAAUAACUGAACAGAGUUAUGAUGAGCAGAGUGUGUUGCCAUGCUUGUCCCUCACUGCAAUAGUGCAUUGUAAUAGCAGACUUAGCAGUGCCACCAAAUCUAUGGCAGAACAAGGACAAGAACAAACUGAUUGAUGUUGGAUAACAAAUUCCACCAUAAACAAAACUGUUUUGCAUGCCCAUCUUUUCAGCCAAGUCUGCUUUGCUAAUUGUUUACUCUAUUGUAGCAGAGGCUAUGGUGUAGUGGUACUUGAGCAAAAUUGUAUGAUAUAUGGAUAUGUUAUCAUCAAUGCCUCAAA